AUGGCCGCUGAAUACGUUUUCCAUGAAGAAGGGUACCGUGAAUACCAAGAUGAAAUUAACAACAGUGAGGGUUUCUAUGUUAUGAGCGAUUACGGUCGUAUUCUUAUCAAUGGAAUAGUGAAAGUCGAAAAUCGCAAUGCUCUUGAGAAAGCGGAAGAUGCAGCACGUUUUGCAGUGAAGCAAUACAACGAGAAAGAGAACGCAAAUUGGGAGUUCUUGAAAAUCUUGAAUCUUAACAUGGAGCCUGCCGCUGGUUCUAUGUACUAUAUUACCUUGGAGGCCAAGAAUACCUCCAAUAAUGAGGUAAAUCACUAUCAAGCAAAGGUUUGGGCAAGAAUCAACACUGGUUUUAGAGUAGAAGUUUUUAGGCUUGCUCCAUAUGCUGCAAAAAGCUCAGAAAGCUCAAGGGACGAUCGCUGCUAUAUUCGCAUUGAGAACUUGCAGUCCUGGAUGGAUGAGAACUAUCUUUACUAUAAGUGCUUCUAUACAGCCAGAGAGCUCCUCUCAAUUAAGGUUAUAAGGAAUGAGGAUGGUAAUCAGUCUGAAGGACAUGGAUUUCUUCAAUUUGAAACUCCUUCAGCAGCGGAAAAGUUUCUAGUUUUUUACAAAGAGAAACAGAUGCCAUCUUCCAACCAGAGUUACAAGUUGGCCUUGGUUUAG